GCGGGGGGCCGCAGCCAUGAUCCGGGCCUUCUCGUUCCCGGUGAGCCCCGAGCGGGGCCGGCUGCGGGGCUGGCUGGAGGGCAGCCUGGCCGGGCUCUGCGAGUUGCAUUGGCUCCGGGAGCGGCAGGAGUACCGCGUGCAGCAGGCGCUGCGGCUGGCCCAGCCCGGAAUGGGGGGCGCCGAGGCCGAGGACGAGGAGGACGCCGAUGAGGACGAAGAUGCGGCGGCGGCGCGCCGGGCCGCGGCGGCCCUGGAGGAGCAGCUGGAGGCCCUGCCCGGGCUCAUCUGGGACCUGGGCCAGCAGCUGGGAGACCUGAGCUUGGAGUCCGGGGGCCUGGAGCAGGAGAGCGGGCGCAGCUCGGGCUUCUAUGAAGACCCCGGCUCCACGGCAGGUGCAGACUCGCCGUCCUCGACCUUUUGUGGGGACAGUGGCUUCUCUGGAUCUGGCUCCUAUGGACGCCUGGGUCCCUCUGCACCCCGCGGCAUCUAUGCCAGCGAGAGGCCCAAGUCCCUAGGAGAUGCCAGUCCCAGCGUUCCGGAGGCGGUGGGCGUGCGGGCCGCGGUGCCGCGGUCCUUCUCCGCGCCCUACCCGACGGCUGCGGGGUCCGCGGGCCCCGAGGCCUGCUCCUCGGCGGAGCGGCGGGCCCGCGCAGGGCCCUUCCUGACGCCCAGCCCCCUGCACGCCGUGGCGCUGCGCAGCCCGCGGCCCUGCGCCCGCCCUCCCGCCGACUCGCCCGACGCGGCGGCGGGCGCCGGGCGGCCCCUGGACGGCUACAUCUCGGCGCUCCUGCGCAGGCGCCGCCGCCGGGGGGCGGGCCAGCCCCGGACCAGCCCCGGGGGCGCGGACGGGGGCCCGCGGCGCCAGAACAGCGUGCGCCAGCGGCCGCCCGACGCGUCCCCGCCCCCCGGAGGCGCGCGUCCCGCGCCCGAGGCCCCAGUGGAGCGCGUCGGGGGCCGCCCCACCAGCCCCGCCGCCCUGAGCCGCGCCUGGGCCCCUCCGUGGGAGCCGGAGGCGGCGCCCGAGCCCGCCGGGCCGCCCGCAGGGCCCUCGCCGCCCGACAGCCCCGCCGAGGGCCGCCUGGUGAAGGCGCAGUACAUCCCCGGCGCGCAGGCCGCCACGCGCGGGCUCCCGGGGCGCGCGGCGCGUCGCAAAGCGCCGCCGCUGACCCGCGGCCGCAGCGUGGAGCAGUCGCCCCCCCGGGAGCGCCCCCGGGCCGCGGGCCGCCGCGGACGCAUGACCGAGGCCGCGGGCCGUCGGGGCUCGCCCCGGGCGCGCAAGGCCGCGCGCUCGCAGUCGGAAACCAGCCUGCUGGGCCGCGCCGCCGCGGUGCCUCCGGGCGCCCCCAAGUACCCCACGGCCGAGCGGGAGGAGCCCCGGCCGCCGCGACCCCGCCGCGGCCCAGCGCCCACGCUCGCGGCCCAGGCCGCCGGCUCCUGCCGUCGCUGGCGCUCCACCGCCGAGAUCGACGCGGCGGACGGGCGCCGCGGACGGCCCCGGGUCCCCGCGCCGCGCGGCCCCGCGCCCGGCCCCUCGCCGUCUGUUCCUCCGCGCCGCCUGCUCUACGGCUGCGCGGGCAGCGACUCCGAGUGCUCGGCGGGACGCCUGGGGCCCCUCGGCCGCCGCGGGCCCCCGGGAGGUGCCGGCGGCGGCUACGGGGAGAGCGAGUCGAGCGCCAGCGAGGGCGAGUCGCCCGCCUUCAGCUCGGCCUCCAGCGACUCGGACGGCAGCGGGGGCCUCGUGUGGCCGCAGCAGCUGGUGGCGGCCACCGCGGCCCCCGGGGCUGGAGGCGGGGCGGGCGGCGGGGCGCCCGCGGGCCCUGCCAAAGUCUUCGUGAAGAUCAAGGCGUCCCACGCGCUGAAGAAGAAGAUCUUGCGUUUCCGUUCGGGUUCGCUCAAGGUCAUGACCACGGUGUGACUCCGGGGACUCCCCCUUCCCGGCCUCUGCACCCUCGCACUCCCGAUCGCCGACCCUCCCACGUGAACCUUCCAAAGACCACCGGGUUUUUGUUUUCCCCAAAGACCCUCCUCACUCCCCCUGCCCCCCCCCCCCCCCCCCGCCACAGCGGUCUGGGUCUGCAGGGAGAAACGGGGCGGGGAGGAGGGGGCAGAGUCCCAUCCAGGGUGACUUCUGGCUUCGAAGCCCUUGGGCGAGGAUGCCAUUGCUCCUCCGCAGGCCUCACUCUCCACACCUGUACAAUGGGUGUCCGCGUCGGCGGAAGCGGUGAUUCGGGUCGAAUCUCCCCACCUUAGAAGCUUAGUCUGUCGGUUAGCCUGUCACUUCCGUCACUGACCGCCCCCCCACCCCCAGCCUCCUUUCUGUGCCCUGGCUCAUUCACAAAGUGCCCCUCCAUGUUCCUGGACCCUCAGGCUGAUCCCCCUUGGCAUCCUGGUCAGGGACUUGCCCUGACUCAGGUGGGCAGGGCGGGAGCUCCAACCGGGGGGUUUUGAGGGUCAAACAGGACUUGGCGACACCUGGAAAGGACUCUUCUACCUCCCUCUCUGGACAGCUUGGGAGGUAGGAGAGGGAAGGAAGACGGUCUCCAUCUCGCGCUCCCCCUGUGAGGGAGUGGGGGGAGCCUGAGGACCCUCGGCUGGUCCAAGCCAGUAUCUGUUUUCUCCUUUUUUUUAAUGGCUGUAUUUAUUAUGACGAUGGCGACUCCCCAGUCCACAGGGAGCCGGAUUGCCUGUGUUUCUCUGACCUCUUUGUAAAUAAAUACACAGUGUUACAUACACGCUGGGCUGCGUC